AUGGAGCUCCCUUACGCCCCCGAGGGGGUUCCCCCGGAGGAUCGAACGGGCGGUUCUGAGGCAUCGGACUUGGGGGCCCCACCACGGCCACCUGAGGCCCCUUUCAACCGGGCACUUUCCGCGCCAGUAAGAAAUACUCCUCUCCCCCAGAAAGCCCACUCGCUGGAAAGCCCACAGCGCCUCCUCUCUGCGGCGAGAGGGGGGCCUCUUUCAGAGAUGGAAGGCCCCUCUCUCCCGCGGAUGGUCCGGUCGUGGAGCCCUCCGGGGGUCUCAUGGAAGCACCAGAGACUCCCAUCGGCGGGAAAAGGGGGCCUCUGUGGAGAGCUCGAAGGGCCCGCGGAAGGCCUCCAGGAGCUUCCAACGGACAAAGAGGGCAACCUUCCCAGAGCGACGCAGGGGCCCCUUCCAGAAGAGGUUUGGCGAUCUGAAAAAAGUGGCGAUCGACCCCUAUUAGGCCAAAAAGACCCUCCAGGCGCACAGGGCCUUGCAGGGCCGAAGAAGGCGCCCUCGGAGCGCACGGAUGUGGGCGCGUCAUCAGAGAUUGAGGCUUCUUCUUCAAAGACAGUAGAGGGGCUCGAAGGGCCUCCCUCCGGUGAUUCGUGCCUCUCCGGGCAAAGGGCUUCUUCGGAGAUUCAGUGGACGAGAGCGCCUCCUCAGGAGCCUUCCGAAGGGUCUGCGUCAACUUUCCUCGGUACUCCCAAGGAGGCCUCUGUUCGCGCCAGAGGCCUUGUGUCAUCCACGCCCCCCCUCGCGCUACCCAGCGUUCCCCCUUCCCCAAGUGGGAGUGAGGAGGCUGUGGGGAGCUCCUCGUGGCUUCCUGCACCGCAUACACAGAUGGGAGGGGGGGGCCCAUGUGCAGUGGCAGCAGACGCACAUGUGUCGGGGGCCCCAGCAGGGCCCCCGCUUCGCCAGGGGCCCGCUACGGCCUCCGGGGGCCUCAUAGGGGCCCCAAAUCUCGGAAACGCUGCAGUAGAAAUCCACGUGAACGAAGCCUCUGAAGCCUCGGCGCUUCCCGCGUCCUUAGAGUCCGAAGGGGGGGCCCCUGGCUCUCCGGAGGCGCCCAAAGCCUUAAGGGCCUUGGAGGCAAUCGGAACCCCAUCUACACCACAGCAGGGUUCUUUGGUGUCAGGCGCAGGUCCUCGGGAGUCUCCCGAGACUUUCUUGGCUUCGCAUUUUUCUGUUGACACGCUACCCUGUCAGCCGCCCCAAGGGAAGGGCCCUCUGCUGGAGGGCCCCGACAUGGCCCCUAGCGGCACGCUCUUGGAUGUGUCAGGCAAGGAUUCACAGCUUCGCGUACAGCGGGAUAGGGAGGGGGCUGAGGACAAGGGGCCCCUCAAGGCGUCGGAGGGAGACAAGAGGCCCUCAGGGCUCUUGGAGCCGCAUGGACUUGCUUUGCCCGCCGCCCUCAGUAGUCUUGCGAAUGAGGGCUUCAAGCGAGUAGCCACUGAGUCUUGCAUGCACCCGCGUAGUCGCGGCAACUCAAGCAGCAGUGAACGCGAGAUGGGGGGUCAGCAGGAUCCCGAGGGGCCCCUUGUGUGCCUGCCGCCACGGCCUCCCUUCGUGCCUCCUCUUACCCUCAUCCCCGACAUUCCGUUGACACCUCCCCAGCAGCAGCAAGAGGAGCUUCGGCAAGGCCAGGGCUCUGCUGUAGGCGUGAAGGGCCUUUUGGCCUCAAUGUGGGGCCGCGUUAGCUGGGGAUCGGUUCCUCAGCAGCAACAGCAGCAGCAACAAGAAGAGGCCCCUCACCUGCGGCGUCCCAGGCGGGUAAGCGGGGCGGCGCUUGGGUAUGUACAGACGGAACCAGCCGUGCAGCAGUCCCAGCAGCAGGAAAAGCAGCAAGAUGAAAAACCGCAGCAGCAGCAGCAGCAGCAGCAGCAGCAGCAACAGCAGCUGGCGCAUGCGAGGUUGCUCCAGCAGCAGCAGCAGCAGCAGCAGCAGAGUCAGCAGCAG